GAUCCGAUCCUCGAACGAACAAAUUGCCUGAAGCCAAAAAUAGACCCAUUAUUAUCGGCCUACAAAGCCAAUGUGCGCACAGAACAGAGUGCCAAAAGUGACAUGGUUGGGCAUCACGGACAACGCCCGUUGCUGUGGCAGGGAUCCCGGUGGAGACGUGCUGGCCAGGACAAAAGCACUGCGACAUCAUCCGCCUCAGACCGAUCCAUUGAAGAACCGAUCUUGAAGUUGAAAAGCUGAUAAAACUGCGUGGUUUAUAUUAUCGACAGAGUAGUUUGUUGACGGUCGCUAAGCCCAUCUACUCGUCGCAUUCGAUCUCCCGACUCGCAAUCGCUAGAAUUUACACACGGGUAUUUCUUGAACCGUUGGAGAAGGAGCAUUGAUCUCCUAUCUCAGUCCAGUGACUAUCAGAAUGAAGGCCUCCUGGUGGAUCUCCACAUUCCUCGCAUCGACCGUGUUAUCGAUAGACGUCCUACCCUUUUCUCCUCCGCAAAAUGCAGAAACGAACAAACGGGCAUUACAAGUCCUUCAGAUCUUGAAGCGAUCGGAUAACUGCCCAUCCGGAUAUAGUGGAUGUUCUAGCCUGGGCGAUGGGAAUAUCUGCUGCAAGGACGACUCAACCUGCUCUCGCGAUGCUGCCGACAACAUCGCCUGCUGUCCCACCGGAGCAAGCUGCACAGGAAGUCUCACUGCGACCAGCACGACGACGACGAACGGCUUCGCCUUUCCCUCGUCCGCAACUGCGUCUGCGACUACCGGCCCGGGCGACGCUACCAUCACCGGCUCGACCAUGCCCGGUGCCUAUCCGUUCGUUUACGUGCCCACGACAUUUUCAAACGCAGAAACUUGCUCUUCAUACUACUCGCUGUGCCAGAGCUCGUACACAGGGUGUCUUUCGUCGCUUGGAGGGAACUACGCCGUUACUGUGGCGGCCGACGGAGGCGGCAUCACGCAAGGUGCAGGCGCAACUCCAGGCGCCGUGUCCACUUGCUCCAGCCUGAGUGCAGAUGCAUGCCACGGUCUCAAUCUGGGAUACUGUGGUUCGUAUGGAGGGUCCAACGAGAACGGUGCAUCUGUCGGGCGAACCAGCCUUCAAGAUCUCGUCCUCGGCCUGGUCGUUGGAGUGGCCGGGAUGUUCAUCUGAUGAUCAUUUCCUUACGAAUGUGUGUAUAUUCUCAUGAUGAUGCUUCGAUUGUGUUUACUCUUUUCGGAUGAUUUACUUACGACAGAUGGAUGGAAUGAUUGAAUGAUUUAUUUGUUGGUCCUGUACAGGGAGAUUCUACAUUUUUGUUUUGCGAUGUAUAUAAAAUAAAGGGAACAAUCCCACAUGCCAUUGAUCAGAUAACAUGAAUGUAAAGAUUAUUUUUAUCAAAAGAUAAUGGCUUAUUGACUGUUAGUCUAAAUGAUAAUAUGAGAUCGUAUCGAGGAUG